AUGAUGGAUCAAUCAAUUUCUGAUCAUCUUCAAACUGGACCUUCUCCAAUGUUCAAUUACAUUCCUCCUUCAGUACCUCCGGUAUCUACACUAAAUCAACAACAGCAACAGCAACCAUUCAUAACAUCACAACAACCAUCAAAUGUUCAAUAUCCUCCAACAGCGCACAAUUCAUCAGAUGUUGAUGCAUCAACAGCAAAUUUUAAUGCUCAACAACAGCAACAAAUGGCAGCCAUGAUGCAAAUGCAUCAACCAUGGGCUGCUGGUGGUGGUUUUCCUUCACCUUAUAUGAUGCAAUAUCCACCAGCGAUGAUGAUGAUGCCACCACAAGCUGGUUCGGAUCGACCAGGAUCACGUCAGUCGUCGCGUCCACCAUCUCGACAAAAUGCUACAGCUCCAGUAUCCUCAUCAAGAUCAUUAGUAAAUGGACAAACAGGUGGUCAAACACAAGCAUCAUCCGGACAAGGAAUGUUACCAAUGCAAGGAUAUCCUGGAUUUAUGCCACCUGGAAUGUAUAAUCCAUGGUUUGAUCCAUAUUGGCAAUCGAUGUAUGCUAGUUAUCAAAAUCCAUAUGGUUUUGGAUAUACAGAUGAAAUGAUGAAAUAUUGGAGACAAGUAUCACAAACAGAUGAUGAUAGGUAUAGUCAUCAUUCAGCUGCGUAUUCACAAUCGAAACAGUCACAACACAGUUCAUCCAUGCACACAUGGGGUUCAACAGAUUCGCUGAAUGAUGCAUUUUAUCAAAAUCAUAAUGCUUUUCUUAAUGGAUAUUAUCCAACUAACAAACCAUCAGGUCCAAAUCAAUUUAAACAACAAACAAAAACAACUACAGAUCCAAAUACACUUUUAACUACUGCAACUAUUCCAAAUCAACAAAUAGCAUCAGUUCAAUCAAAAACAAAAACAAUUCCUGCACGAGAAAGUGGUGAAAACGAAGAAGAAGAGGAAGAAGAUGAUGAUGAAGAAGAAGAAGAAGAAGAUGAUGAUGAUGAUGAAAAUGAAGAAGAUUCUGAUGAUGGAAGUAGUGAUCGUUUUAGUAUAAAAUCCGAUUUAGCACAAGUUAAUGAAGAAUUUUCAAAAGCACGACGAACACCACUUUUAUAUAUUCGACCACAUCUAAGAGCUAAAUUUGUUUUUGAUCAACUUAUUCAAGUCUUACCACAAUCACCCAGUGAUACAAAUCAACCGGCAACUGUAGAAAUUAUUUCUGCAAAUAGUUUACAUUCAAUGGCACCAUCAUUAGUAGAAGAACGACAAUUAAUGUCUGAUUUCAUCGGUCCUUUAACUGCAUCAACAGCUAAAUCAAAUGUUAUUCGAUAUUGUGAACGUCAAUCACAAUUAGCUAAUAAAUCAAUUCAUAUUAUUGACCGUGAUGCUUUAUCAAUAAUUUGGCAAUAUAUGGGAUUACUCGUUAAAAAUAAUGGCGUUAUUGAUGUUCGUGUUGACAUUCCAAAAAUUCUUUGGUCAUCAAGUGGUACACCUAUUGUUGAAGAAUCAUCAUCAUCAAAUAAUAAUAAUACAUCAUUAUCAUCAACAACAUUAGAAAAUUCAUUAAGAGAAUUUCUUGCACUUGGUGAAAUUGAUACAAGUAUUAAAUUUGCUUGUGAAAAUCAAUCCUAUACUCAUGCACUUAUUAUUUCAUACUUAACUGAUAAACAAUUAUUUGAAAAAACAAUACACAAUAUUAUAUCAAAUCUUGAUAAUGGUGAUGUAUUGAAAACAUUUUAUGAAUUAGGAGCUGGUUCAACACCAUCUGUUGUUACUAAUGUUACCAAAGCACAUUAUGGUGACUGGAAACGUCAUUUAGCAGUUAUGCUAGCUAAUCGUACGGAUACAAAUUCACAAUUCGUUGAUCUUUGUAUUAAAACAAUGGGCGAUACAUUUAUAUCAUCUGGUCGUAUAUAUGCUGGUCAUUUUUGUUAUUUAAUUGCUAAUGUUCCAUUUGGGUCAUAUCGAAAUAAUGCCGAUAAAUUAGCUGUUAUUGGAAGUAUUCAUGCUGGUCAAUCUAAUCUUUCAUUUGCAACAAUUCCAAAUUUACAAUUAACUGAAGUUUAUGAAUAUGCAUUAAGAAAAUGUUUAACAACAUUUAUUCCAUUAAAAAUUUAUUAUACAUCAAAAUUAGUUCUACAUGGUUUAAAAAGAGAAGCCUUAGCUUAUUGUGAAGAAAUUGGACAAACACUUAUUCGACAAGAAAAUACUUCAUAUAUUCAAUUAGUUGAUUUACAAUUAUUUAUAGUUAUUGCAGAAAAAUCUCGAGCAUUUAAUCGCAAUUUUCAACUUGAUCCAACAUCAUAUAAAGAACCAACAUGGUUGAUUGAAUUAAGACGUAUCAUUCAAAAUUUAAUUGAUAAUGCAUUUUUAAAUAAAACAGUGCGUGAUGAUGCAUUGAAUUCAUCUAUACAACAAGUAAAUCGUGAAGAGACUCAAUUACAACAACAAACAAAUCUUUCGACUCAUCCCCAUAAACAAACAUCAAAUAUUCAUCGAAAAAAUGAACAAAUAAAAACUAAUGUGCCUUCAUCAUCUGUAACAAAUACAAAUGGUUUAAAUGGUUAUGAUCUAUCAAAUCAAGCUACAAUUGAACAAAUACCUUAUCCUAAUCCAGCUGCAACGAAUUAUCAAAAUACUCUUUCAGUUGAUACAAAUGCUCAUUAUUCAUCACAAGUUCCAACAAAUUAUUAUCAACCAACACCACAUCAACCAUAUUAUUCAUCUGAUUCUCAGCAAACAGAAAUAAAUAAUUACUCACAACAAUGGCCUCAACAACAACAGCAACAACAACAACAACAACAAACAAUUCCAACACAACCAGAUAUUUUAAAUUCAACAACACAACUUCCUUCAACCAAUAAUUCAUAUUAUCAACCACCAAUAGAUCAAGCGCAAUAUAUUCAGCCAGGUUUUACAAGUACACCGAAUUCUCAUUCAUCUCAACAACAGUGGUAUUCAUCGGGACAAGUUGAAGGACGUGAACGCUUACCAUCAAACGAGCAACAACAGUUGGAAUCCGUGAGACGUCGUUCAUCGAUUAUAACAUUUAAUCAAACUGAUGAUACAUCAUCAGCAAAUCGACAACUACAAUCGACAAUAGAUAAUAGAAAAUUAUCUUCCACAUCAACUCAAUCGAAUACUAGUAAUCAUAGUCCAAAAAAUCAUUUUGAUACGGCUAAUUUUCCUUAUCAACCACCACAAUUAAUACGUUAUUCAACGAACCAAACAUCAUCAAUUACUGAAGAAUCACAACAACAACAAACAAAUGCACCAGCUAGAACGAAACAUGCUAUUUUUGAUGAUAGUGAUGAUGUUUUUCCCAAUAAUCAACAAAAAUCAACAGAUAAUAAAUCAAAUAAAACUACAUCAGCAGCAAAUCAAGCAUCUGCAACUGGACCAAAAACUGGUAUAGUUGGAAGUCUCUUUAAUCGUCUUGGUUGGAAACGACCAGCACAAGCACAUUUACCUGAUGAUAAAAAUAAAACACUCAAAUAUGAUCAACAGACAGGUCGUUGGAUUGAUACAUCAAAAUCAGCUGAUGAACAAGCAUCAACACAAGUUAAACCACCUCCAAUGAUAUCAUCAAACAGUACAUCAUCUUCGUUUGUAACUAAUGCACCGCAACAACAACAACAACAGCCACAACAGUCAUCAUUAUCAUCAACACAUAAUCCUUCAAUGCCAUCCGGACCUUCUCAUUCGUCUCAACCACGAACAUUAAGUUUCGCUGCCGGAUCAACUACCAGUACGCCAACAUCUCAAACUACAACUGCAGCUUGGCCUCCACAAUCAAAUACUAAUACCACACCUAAAACUACUCAACCAUUGCCACAGCAACAACAGAAGCCUCCUGCACAAUUAUCAGCUGCUCAACAACGUCUUCAAGCACUUAAACAGCAACAACAACAACAAGCAGCUAUUCCACAGGUUCAAGCUCCACCAGCUACUUCAUCUAAUCAAUAUUCUCUUAAAAGUCGACAAACUCAAUCUCGUUAUGUUGACAUUCUUGCUUCAAGCAAAGGUGCUAUUGCACCAAGUCCCAAUAUUUCACUCAACGAUCUUAUGCCAACACCUUCAACCGGUGUGCCAACUUUGGCAUCAUCAAAUCAAACAAAUAAUUACUUUGUACCAGGUCCCUCACAAUCAACAAACGACAGUAAUGAACAAUCAUCAUUUUCAUCUUGA